UUGUAUUAUAUGAAAAUGUCAAACAGAAAUGUUGAAUUUUAUGUCUGUUUUGCAGCACCUCACUGUAUUCACGAUACCAAGUUGGACCACAGCUCCCAACCUCUGGAGAACGCCAUCUCGCUCUCCGUCACCCCAAACCCAGAGGAGUGUCCACAGUGUGCUGUCGCCCUGUCACUCAAGGAGGGGGCGGGAUCGACGGGCCACUCAGCCAAUGGGGAGGAAGAGGAGGGUGCACUGGAGGAGACCGACAGGGAUGAGAACUGCUUGGACCAGAAGGGGGACAAUGACUCUGAAGACUCGCCAAAGAGGAAACGCACCUGUUUUGGGAAAUGUAAAGAUGUUUGGGAUGAAAUGAGAGUGAAGCUUUGGGGUAUAGUUGAAAGCAAGUACUUCAACAGAGGGAUUAUGAUCGCCAUCCUCAUCAAUACAAUCAGCAUGGGCAUCGAACACCAUAACCAGCCUGAUGAACUGACUAAUGUCCUGGAGAUUUGUAACAUAGUGUUUACCAGUAUGUUCACCCUGGAGAUGAUCCUCAAGCUGACUGCCUUUGGCUUCUUUAAAUAUCUGAGAAAUCCCUACAACAUCUUUGAUGGCAUCAUUGUGAUCAUCAGUGUAUGUGAGAUCAUUGGGCAGUCUGACGGGGGUCUGUCCGUCCUGAGAACGUUCAGACUGUUGAGGGUCAUAAAGCUGGUGCGGUUCAUGCCAGCUCUGCGCAGACAGCUGGUGGUCCUGAUGAAGACCAUGGACAACGUGGCCACCUUCUGCAUGUUACUAAUGCUCUUUAUCUUCAUAUUCAGUAUUCUGGGAAUGCACAUAUUUGGCUGCAAGUUCAGCCUGAAGACAGAGGCUGGGGACACAGUACCUGACAGGAAAAACUUUGACUCCCUGCUUUGGGCCAUUGUCACAGUGUUUCAGAUCCUAACUCAAGAGGACUGGAACAUGGUUUUGUAUAACGGCAUGGCCUCUACCUCCCCCCUGGCUGCCCUGUAUUUCGUCGCUCUCAUGACUUUUGGGAACUAUGUUCUGUUCAAUCUGCUUGUGGCUAUCUUAGUGGAAGGAUUUCAGGCUGAGGGUGAUGCUAACCGUUCCUACUCUGACGAUGACAGAUCCUCUUGUAAUUUAGAAGAAUCUGAGAAAAAGGACUCACUCCAGCUGUCAGAUCCCAAGAUUUCCACUUUGACCCCUAAUGGGCAUCUGGAUUUGGCACCUGCACCCAACGCCAGGGGCCUGUACCCGUCUGAAAGGCUGAGCUUUGCCCUGGGUUCCCGCAAGAGCAGCGUGAGCUCUCUGGGCAGGGCUAGCCUGGAGCAGACGGCGCUGUGUCCAGGACGAGCCUCUCUGUACCACAACUGGGGACGGCCCGCGCAGCCAGGAAUAUGGAGUCGCAGGUCGAGCUGGAACAGCUUGGGUCGAUCCUCUAGAUGCCUGGGGAUGGGGGGCGGAGGCAGUUUAAGGGUCCGUAGCCCUCACUCUCACCCCGCUGAGCAGGAGUCCCUGCUGUCUCCUCCUCCCCCUCCUCUGCAUCCGCCUCUGCUCUCCAGACACUUCGUCCCGUGCAGAGAACGGCGGGCUCUCUCUCUGGAGCUUCCUGAGCUGCUGCAGGUGCCUGGACCGGUCUUGCCUCCUCUGCACCCCCGGCAAAGCAAGAAGAGCUUCUCUGGGGGUCUAGGAAGCGUUGGAGAGCACCAGGACUGUAAUGGGAAGACACCGUCAGUCCAACCACAAAUCAUCAAUGAAGUCUACCCUCAGGUCAAUACACGCAAGGACAGGGAUGAUCUGGACGAUGAGCUGGACUAUAGUCUAUGUUUCCGGAUCCAGAAGAUGAUCGAGGUGUACAGACCAGACUGGUGUGAGACCAGGGAAGACUGGUCCGUCUUCCUCUUCUCUCCCCAAAACAAGUUCAGGUUGUUGUGCCAGUCCAUUAUUGCCCAUAAGCUGUUUGACUAUGUGGUGCUGGCCUUCAUCUUCUCAAACUGCAUCACUGUGGCUCUGGAGAGACCCAAGAUCCUUCAGGGUAGCCUGGAGAGGCUUUUCCUCACCGUGUCCAAUUACAUUUUCACAGCCAUAUUUGUGGGGGAGAUGACACUCAAGGUGGUGUCUAUGGGAUUGUAUCUUGGAGAGCAGGCAUACUUGCGCAGCAGUUGGAACAUUUUGGAUGGUUUCCUGGUGUUUGUGUCUUUGAUUGACAUUGUCGUGUCGAUGGCGGGUGGGGCUAAGAUCCUGGGGGUGCUCAGAGUUCUCAGGCUUCUACGCACACUGCGCCCCCUCAGGGUUAUCAGUCGAGCUCCUGGCCUCAAACUGGUUGUGGAGACUUUGAUCACCUCUCUGAAGCCUAUAGGAAACAUAGUUCUCAUCUGCUGUGCCUUUUUCAUCAUCUUUGGCAUCCUGGGAGUCCAGCUUUUCAAAGGCAAGUUCUACCACUGCUUGGGCCUGGAUGUCAAAAACAUCACCAACAAGUCUGACUGCCUCUUGGCCAAUUAUAAGUGGGUCCAUCACAAGUACAACUUUGACAACUUGGGGCAGGCUCUGAUGUCCCUGUUUGUGCUGGCAUCGAAGGACGGCUGGGUCAACAUCAUGUAUCAUGGUUUGGACGCAGUGGCGGUGGACCAGCAGCCCAUAACCAAUAACAACCCCUGGAUGCUACUGUACUUCAUUUCCUUUCUCCUGAUCGUCAGUUUCUUCGUACUGAACAUGUUUGUUGGAGUGGUGGUGGAGAACUUCCACAAGUGCCGACAGCACCAGGAGGUGGAGGAGGCCAAGAGGAGAGAGGAGAAGCGACUGAGACGCAUGGAGAAAAAGAGACGGAAGGCCCAGAAGUUGCCCUACUAUGCCAGUUACAGUCACGUGCGACUGAUGAUCCACACCCUGUGCACCAGUCACUACCUGGACAUCUUCAUCACCUUCAUCAUUUGUGUAAACGUUGUGACUAUGUCACUGGAGCACUACAGCCAGCCUCGUUCUCUGGAGAUCGCACUCAAGUACUGUAAUUAUUUCUUCACCAGCACCUUUGUGCUGGAGGCUGUCCUGAAGCUCAUUGCGUUUGGCUUCCGACGUUUCUUCAAAGACAGGUGGAACCAGCUGGAUUUGGCUAUAGUGCUGCUGUCAGUCAUGGGCAUCACGUUGGAGGAGAUCGAGAUCAGUGCUGCUCUGCCUAUCAACCCCACCAUCAUACGCAUCAUGAGGGUCCUGCGCAUCGCACGUGUGCUAAAGCUGUUAAAGAUGGCCACGGGAAUGAGAGCAUUGCUGGAUACGGUGGUUCAAGCCCUGCCACAGGUGGGGAACCUUGGCCUCCUCUUCAUGUUGCUGUUCUUCAUUUAUGCUGCACUGGGGGUGGAAUUGUUUGGAGAGCUGGUGUGCAACGAGGACUAUCCAUGUGAGGGCAUGAGUCGGCACGCCACCUUUGAGAACUUCGGCAUGGCGUUCCUCACCCUCUUCCAGGUCUCUACUGGGGACAACUGGAACGGCAUAAUGAAGGACACUCUUCGAGAAUGCCCGCCGGGCGAAUACACCUGUAAUCCAAGCCUACAAUUCAUCUCUCCGUUGUACUUUGUGAGCUUCGUGCUAACGGCCCAAUUUGUCCUCAUCAAUGUGGUCGUGGCAGUGCUGAUGAAACACCUGGACGACUCCAACAAAGAAGCCCAGGAGGAGGCAGAGAUGGAUGCGGAGAUUGAACUGGAGCUGGCCCAGGGAACGCUCUGCUGCAUCGGAGGAGGGGGGUCUGGAGUGGAGAGGAGCAGUGGGGGGCAUCAGGGGGCUGGACCCAGCUCUACUGUUCCACCUCACUCCCCAAACACACUCCCAGGUGUCCACGAGCCCAACAGCGCCAGGAAACUCUACUCACCAGCCCAGGAGAACUUGUGGCUGGACAGUGUAUCUCUGCUUAUCAAAGAUUCGUUUGAAGGGGAGAUGCUGAUGAUUGACAACCUCUCUGGCUCCGUCUUCCAUCAUUACUCCUCCCCACCUGUCUGCAAGGACUGCAGGACUCAUCCGCAAGAGCAGAUCCACAUGGCUGAACUGGAGCAGGCGUCUCUGAGGUCGGAGCAGCUCUCAGAUAAGUCAUCCUCACCAGCGCUGCCUGAUGACCUCAGCCUGGACGAGCAGAGCGUGUACCAGAUGGCUGCCAAAGAGGGCAAGGAAAGGGGUUGUGAUGAGUGGCUAAACACUGAAGAACCUGGAGGGAGAGGUCACAGCAGGUUACGGCGACCUUCUCGGGUUCACAGCUCUGGGACAGAGGAUGGGGCGGCAGUGAAUGGAGGCGGUUCUCAAAGUCCACAUCACAACACACCUGCUCAUCACAACAUAGGUGGAGUUCCCUGUAGCAGCAGUAAUCAGGAGCACCCAGGGCUUUCUGGAGCUUCGAGCCUCUCUACCACUCCCAUCCGUCUCCCUGCCGAAUUCUUCCACCCAGCUGCAGCGGCCCUCCCCGCACCCCCGAGAGGCCGACCGGGACACAAACCAAGAGGGCUUCGGCUAACUUCCCCAGCCUCAUGGGCGUCUCUACGCUCUCCUGGCGCAAACACCAGGCUGCUUACCACACAGUAUCCAUCUCACAGUGACUCCUCCCUGGCUACGGGGAGCUCAGAGAGCAGCCUACUGACCACCAUGGAAGAAGGGCUCAGUUUCAACGUAUCCACCACCCAGCCGCUGCUGGACACACUCCUCGACGAUCGCGCCAGCCUCUCCACGGAGACCCUGAGACCCAGUCCUCCAGCUACCCAGAACCUCCAAACUACGAGGGGACACCAGCGCAGCAAGAGCAGCUGUGAAACGGACAUCAGUGCAGGAAGAACUCGGCAAGGCUCCGAUGAGGAUGUAGGGAUGGUACGGUGCAACUCUAACCAGACGUGUGACAGCCAGCAGCUCUCAGAGACACCAAGCAGCCUGUCGCUGACGUCGCUGCUUCUGCCGAGCUCUCUAGCACCCCCGUCUGUGAAAAAGUGCAACAGCACGGGCAGCUUAGACCAUGGGACUCUCACAACCCAAGAAAAAGUGUUCAUAAAAGAGCCAAAGGGUAAAAUCACCAGCCCCUGGAAAGAAAGUAAAGAAGCAAGAAGAAAGAGUCAGUCGGAGGCAGCACAAGGAAAAGACGGGGAAAGUACAAGCCAAAUAACAAUUGUGGGCUCCAGGAGAAAUAGAUGAAGCUUUACCUAGUGUUCAUAUUUCUAAGGCCCACUACUCGAUCUCUGUUUUUUUCAGGGAGCAGUUUGACAUGUGGCAUUCCAUCUCAAAGUCUUUCUCUCUCUAUCUCCCUGUUUUCAUUUGUGACCUGUUACCAUUUUGUAUUUGCUUGUGGUAAACGUCCGACAGGACUGUAGAGAAACUGGAUAGAGAGACCUGAGAGCAGUGUGGCCCCUUGGAGCAUGUCUAGACCGAAGGGGACUGUUCAAACAGCUGCCUGAACAAUCAGGUCAGGAGAUGACAUACAGUACAGGCAAAGCUUUCCGUAUGCCGGAAUGCUGGGAGUUUUCUUAAAAGUUAGUUAAAAAGGAAAAAAAAAAGAUAAACCUACAAGUAUAUAUAUAGAGGAACUGAAAAGAUAAGGAGAUACAGUAAAAGAGAUUGAUUCUCUAAAAGAGGGCAUGUUGUGUUAAAUGAUUUAAUGCAGUUCCAUUACAAUGAAGAUUUUAGGAUUUUAACUCAGUAUACACAUACUUUUUACAGGGUUUUCGUUCGUUUGUUAUUUUGUUUGUUUGUAUUUGUGUUUUACAUCAUUGAGGAGAAAGAACAACAUUCCACAUUCUAUCUGAAGCAAGGCAUUUGUUUUAGAGAGUUAAUGGGAGGAAGUCAGACAUCUAUCUAUCUAUCUAUCUAUCUAUCUAUCUAUCUAUCUAUCUAUCUAUCCGUCUAUCUGUCUGUCUGUCUGUAAUUUUAUUUAUUUAUUCAGAUUUAUUUAUUUAUUUAUUUAUUUAUUCGGUUUUAUUUAAAUUAUUGUUUAUAUAUUUAAUUAAAGGUCAAAUGUAGAAAUAUGUAAUCUCCUACCUUUUGCAUUAGGAGAUGAAGAAAAUAUGGACACAAGGACAAAGAACAGGCCUCUGCAUGAAGGAGUCUCUUUACAACAAAGUUCAAUGUAACAACUACUGAAGAUGUCAAUGCUGGAAGAAAACAGUGUGGUUUUUACUCAGAUAUUUUUUUAUUGAUAUGCUCUGGAUCAAGGAAUAGGUGACGCACAUUGUUGUGGUCACCGUUCUCCUCCCCACAACCCAAGAACAUUUCUCUAUGUGACUUUAUUCCCUGCAAGUGGCUUCCAUUUUUAUAAUUUUGAUUAGGUGGAAGGGACUUUUUGUAUGCUCCGGUAAAAAGAACCAAGCAAAGAAACAACAACGAAAAAAAAAAAAAAACAUCCUAAGGAUUUUAGACUGUGGAUUACAUGAACUCAUGGAUGCUGAAUACAGCCAGACAAAGGAUGAUGAACAGGCAAUGGGAUUUAAACGCUUCUUCAAGAACCCAGGAGCCUCUGCUUUAUUUUGGUCCUCGGAUGGCAUGUCAGAUGAGGAAAACACAAGACGGUGAUAUUUAGCUUUCAUUUUGACAAAACUAGGUUGAUUGGAUUUGCAACUGAAUCAAAUAUUUAUACAUGAAUUUUCUUUAGCAUGGUUACUGGAUUGCAGUAGGACACCUCUGAUUUAUUAUUCCUCCUCUUUGAAAAAAAAAAUGCACUCGUUUGCUCUUUAUUUUAUCUAGCUUAGACUUGGUCACUGUAUUCAUGUGCAAAUGGAGCAACUCUAGGAAUGACACUCCAAAUAUCUCCAAAUAUCUUAGUUUAGCCUGCAGUAGUGUUUAGCACCCCUAAUGUUUUUGUUUGUUUGUUUGUUUUUGUUUUUUAGAAUAUUCAGGUGAAUAUCACAUUUAGACUUGACCUGUUGAUGAACUUUGAUUUGACAUUGUUGUUUGAUUGGUAGUGACUGUCCAUCCAUGGCGUCUGGUUCUCUGUAC